GAUUUGUGCGCGCUGUCAAAAUACAGUGCUGUAGUGAGGCUUCUUGGGGUUUUACGUAUGUACGUGCGACUCUGCUCGUGCGAGUUGUUGAACGCGGAUGGUCUGACUCUACGGGCGAUCUCUCGCCUUCGCCUCACUCUCAUCGACUGAGACGCGCACGGACAGACGGAGGAUCGAGUGGACGAUAACGCGAAAUCACGCAGUGAUUCAUCCGCUCGUCCGACGGUUCGAAGGUUCAAAGGAGGUCUCUCCACGUUUUUCGGUCGUGUGCCAUGGCGAACGCGCGGUGACGCUUCUUCGAAUCGCAGUGACCGCGGCGAGUCAUACGCAGCGGGGGUCUAUUUCUCACGCGCGAGCAGAAUAUAUCAGCUUGGCGCUUUGGAUCGUGUUUUUUUUAUCUCUGGAAUCGAGACUCGAUCGAAAUGGAGCCGAUGGGGCAAAAUCAACCGCCGAACGUCCUUAAUAACAUCGGUGACGGCUCCGACACCAAGGGCAGCUGCUUGCUACUUCGCUACGCUAGUCAAAAUUCUCUAGACGAGAGCUCGCAGAAGCAUGUUCCUCGCGAGAAUGGCAAGGACAAACCACCCUAUCGGAACCAUCAUCAUACAAAUAGAGCCUUUGACGUCAUUAAUGAAAUGAGAAAGAAAAAUUUACUAUGUGACGUUAUCUUGGUAACAGACAGUGGCUUGGAGGUACCAGCUCAUAAAAUGGUCUUAGCCGCAUGCAGUCCCUAUUUCUAUGCCAUGUUUACGAGUUUCGAGGAACGUGACCAAGAGAGGAUAACGCUGCAAGGCGUGGAUUAUUCCGCUUUGGAAUUACUAGUGGAUUACGUCUACACGGCCGAAGUUCACGUCACAGAAGACAAUGUACAAGUACUUCUCCCUGCCGCGAAUUUGCUACAACUGACGGAUGUUCGCGAUGCUUGCUGCGACUUUCUACAGGCUCAGUUGCAUCCGUCCAAUUGUCUCGGCAUUAGAGCGUUCGCGGAUCUGCACGGAUGUCUCGAGCUGUUGGCGCACGCGGACAGCUACAUUGAGCAACACUUUUCAGAAGUGGUCGACGCGGAGGAAUUCUUAACGCUGGCGCCUCAGCAAGUGGCUAAGCUCAUUUGCAGCGAUCGCCUAAUGGUACCUACCGAGGAGAAAGUGUUCGAAUGCGUUAUUUCAUGGGUACAUCACGAUCUCGAAAAGAGACAAAACGACCUGGCUCUGUUAAUGGAGCACGUACGUUUACCUUUGCUCUCUCAAGAAUAUCUAGUGCAACGCGUGGAGGAAGAGCCGCUUCUCAAAGCGAAUUUACAAUGCAAGGAUUUUUUGAUCGAGGCUUUAAAAUAUCACUUAUUGAAGGGCGAGCAGAAGUCUCUAUUUAAAACUCCGCGUACGAAGCCGAGACAACCAAGAGGAUUGCCGAAGGUGUUGCUUGUCGUCGGUGGUCAGGCCCCAAAAGCGAUUAGAAGCGUCGAAUGUUACGACUUCAAGGAGGAGAAAUGGUAUCAAGUUUCCGAGCUACCAACGCGACGUUGCAGAGCUGGACUCUGCGUUCUCAGUGGACGCGUGUACGCUGUUGGUGGAUUCAACGGAUCAUUGAGAGUACGUACAGUCGAUAUCUACGACGCAGCGGCCGAUCAGUGGUCGCCCUGUCCUGAGAUGGAAGCGAGAAGAUCAACUCUCGGUGUGGCGGUGUUGGGCAAUUUGGUUUACGCUGUCGGUGGCUUCGAUGGUUCUACAGGAUUAAAUUCUGCCGAGGUAUAUGAUCCGCGAACUCGCGAAUGGAGACCAAUAGCGCGAAUGUCAACGCGACGCAGCAGCGUAGGAGUCGGUGUUGUCAAGGGACUGCUCUAUGCCGUCGGCGGUUACGAUGGAGAAUCCCGUCAGUGUCUCUCGAGUGUCGAGUGUUACAAUCCAGAAAAAGAUAAAUGGAAACCCGUGCCGGAGAUGUCCGCGCGUCGUAGCGGCGCGGGCGUCGGCGUACUGGAUGGAAUUCUAUACGCGGUAGGAGGCCACGACGGUCCACUGGUUCGAAAAAGCGUGGAGGCUUUUAAUCCGGACACGAAUCAAUGGACUCCCGUCAGCGACAUGGCGCUUUGUCGUCGAAAUGCCGGCGUGGUGGCGUUAAAUGGACUUUUGUACGUGGUGGGCGGAGACGACGGUUCGUCCAGUUUGGCAUCGGUGGAGGUGUACUCACCUAGAACAGACACCUGGACAACUCUACCAACGUGCAUGGGAGUCGGGCGUAGUUAUGCGGGCGUAGCGAUCAUCGACAAACCGAUGGCCCCGGCGGCGACGAUGUGAGGUCUACAGUCCGCUGGGCAUACGACGGAACAGAACACGGACCCGA